UCCCAGUGGCGAGAGGAGGAGGAGGAAGCCGGGAGCGGAGCGGGGCGGCUGGGGGUGGGGGGGGUGGACCCGCCGCGGCUGCUGCUGCCACCACCGCCACCGCCACCGCCGCUGCUGCCGCCGCCACCACCGCUCGUGGGGCUCGUGGCGUGAGGAAGGAGUCGACGAGUGAGACCCCGGCGCGAGCGGGCGGCGGCGCCGCUGCUGCUGCUGCUGCUGCUGCUACUGCUGCUGCGGGAGGGUCGGCGGCGGGACGGCGAUGGCGGAUAUCGAUAAACUCAACAUCGACAGCAUCAUCCAACGGCUGCUGGAAGUGAGAGGGUCCAAGCCAGGCAAGAAUGUCCAGCUCCAGGAGAACGAAAUCCGAGGACUCUGCCUGAAGUCUCGGGAGAUCUUCCUCAGUCAGCCUAUCCUUUUAGAACUUGAAGCACCACUCAAGAUAUGUGGUGACAUCCACGGGCAGUACUAUGAUUUGCUCCGUCUGUUUGAGUACGGUGGCUUCCCUCCAGAGAGCAACUAUUUGUUUCUCGGGGACUAUGUGGACAGGGGCAAACAGUCACUAGAGACGAUCUGCCUCUUGCUGGCCUACAAAAUCAAGUAUCCAGAGAACUUUUUUCUUCUCAGAGGGAACCAUGAGUGUGCCAGCAUCAAUAGAAUCUAUGGAUUUUAUGAUGAGUGUAAAAGAAGAUACAACAUUAAGCUGUGGAAAACGUUCACAGACUGUUUUAACUGCUUACCGAUAGCAGCCAUCGUGGACGAGAAGAUAUUCUGCUGUCAUGGAGGUUUAUCACCAGAUCUUCAAUCUAUGGAGCAGAUUCGGCGAAUUAUGAGACCAACUGAUGUACCAGAUCAAGGUCUUCUUUGUGAUCUUUUGUGGUCUGACCCCGAUAAAGAUGUCUUAGGCUGGGGUGAAAAUGACAGAGGAGUGUCCUUCACAUUUGGUGCAGAAGUGGUUGCAAAAUUUCUCCAUAAGCAUGAUUUGGAUCUUAUAUGUAGAGCCCAUCAGGUGGUUGAAGAUGGCUAUGAGUUUUUUGCAAAGAGGCAGUUAGUCACUCUGUUUUCUGCACCCAACUACUGUGGCGAGUUUGACAAUGCAGGUGCCAUGAUGAGUGUGGAUGAGACCCUCAUGUGUUCCUUCCAGAUUUUAAAGCCUGCAGAGAAAAAGAAGCCCAACGCCACGAGACCUGUCACACCGCCACGGGGUAUGAUCACAAAGCAAGCAAAGAAAUAGAUGUCACACUGCCUGGUUGGGACUUGUAACAUAGCGUACAUAACCUUCCUUUUUAAACUGUGAUGUGCUGGUCAGCUUGCCCAGGUAGACCUGU